UUGGAUUGUUGGGGUGCCCAUUGUCAUGGCAUCCACAGUCGUGGUGGUGCCGCCGCCUUGGCGUGCUGGCCGCAGACAGGCCACUCUCCGAAUGGUGCCGCCCUCCUCGGCGGCCGCGAUCCUGACUCGCAGUGGCGCUGCCUCCCGCGCUGGACGCUCCUGGUUCGGCAUUCCGCUGCCACUUUGGCUCAAGGCCUGCGGCUCGAGCUCUAGCAGCCAAGCCCUUCCAGAGCAGAAUGUGAGAGGGGACCCCGCAUGGUCGGCGCCGAGGACCAGGAUGGCAUCAAGCCUCGCAGCUUCGCGGUAAAACUGAACGCAAUGCUCUGUCUGGUCAUCGUGGAUUGUGUAUUGAACGCGUUUCCAGACGUUGUAUGGGGCGCGGAGAAUGAAAUACUCAUCAUAGUUUCGUGUAUCGCUAGUAUGGCGAUCCACCUUGCGAUGAUGUUGGUGUUAUUCAUGCUCCUGUGGCACACGUUUUUGCUCCGGAACGGCCUUCUAUUCAGUGUCUGGAGCGAGGUAUACGGCACUUUCAUAAUAUCUUUUCUGCGAUUUGGACUGCUGUGUGGUGCUCGCCUUCCGCGCAUGAUUGCCGCUCUAGACUACCUACCCAUAGGAGACUACUGGGACCUGCCGUUGCACUACUGGCUCUACAUGGCGCACAACUACGCCACGGUGCCAUUCCACGCAUGGAUGCUGUACAGGAGCCACAUGCUGUCCCGCGUCCGCUUCUACAAGCCUCAGCUCUGGCACAAGCGCCUCGUGGGGCGCAGGCGGACGAACCCGGCACAGAGCGCCUGAGGCCGUGCGCACGCGGCCGGCGUUGGUGGCCCCCCCCAGGCAGGCUCUGAAGAGCCUGGCUUUGCCGACGGCGCAACCCUCCCCCAUGGAACGUGUCUUUGUCUUCGCCCACCGCCCGUGUGGUCUCUCCAGCCGCUGCAUGUGUGAAUUCGCGCGCGUCCCGCGGCGUUGCGUGGAGGUCUCUGCGCAUGGAGACAGCUCGUCGACCGCCUUGCUGAGCCCGAGCGAGCUGACAGAAACAGUCUGGCGCUUCGCGUAUUCCGACCAGCCCUUCCAGAGGCGGCUCCCACGCGUACCAUCGGCAGCCGGGAGGCUGCGGAGCAUCAGCAAAGCAGAGUUUCUUGUUGUCGUCUCCCGCCGCUGUAUUGCGUGUGGGCGUGCCCCCGCAAUUCUUUUUGCACCUGCUCGAACAGGGGCAGCAGGCCUGCGCACAGGCGGCAGCAUGCCGCCCGCCCCGCCCCCCUCCUCCUCCCUCCUCCUCCCCCUCCUCCUCCUCGUCCUCCUCCUCCUCCUCCUCCUCCUCCUCCUCCUCCUCCUCCUCCCCCACCGCCCCUGGCAGCGAGCGAGCUCUGGGAUGCUUGCUGGCCAGGGUGGCCUGCCCGCGUGCAGCAAGCAGCCUGCCGCCCGUUCCCCGCCGUCCCUGUCAGGAUCCCCGUGCGCGGUGACCGCGGGGCGUCAGAAACCCGUGUCGC